AUGUCUUUCACCCUCCCAAAAUCCUUUCUGAACGCCAAUACCCCGCUCAGCAGCUAUGCCGCCACCCUCUCUUUCAAUAAUAAUACCUCCUCGCCCUUUGUGUCUGGUGCUGCUGCUGCUGCUGCCCUGCCGCCAUCUCCAACCUCCCGUGGCGCCCAACCCCCUCUCCCAAACUUGGCCUUGCUGGUCUUCGAGGCUGUCCUAGAGGUGGUCUGCGUCAGUCUGCCGGGAUACAUCGUCGCCCGCAUGGGCAUGUUCGAUGCUAACGCCCAGAAAUUCGUUGCGAAUCUCAAUAUUAUUCUGUUUACCCCAUGUCUUGUCUUCACGAAACUCGCAUCCCAACUCACCGCAGACAAGCUUACCGACCUCGCCAUCAUCCCCUUCAUUUUUGUCAUCCAAACCUUAAUCUCGUACCUUUGUUCCGUCAUCGUCUCCCGCGUCUUCCGCUUCAAAAAGCGCCAGUCAAACUUCGUUGUUGCUAUGGGGGUCUUCGGGAAUUCCAACUCCCUUCCCAUCUCCCUUGUCCUCUCCCUCUCCCAAACUAUCAAAGGCCUUCAUUGGGACCGCAUCCCCAACGAUAACGACAAUGAGGUCGCCGCACGCGGUAUCCUUUACCUUCUCAUCUUCCAGCAACUGGGACAGCUUCUGCGCUGGAGCUGGGGUUAUCGCGUCCUUUUAGCGCCACCAGAGACGUACUAUCGGGACGAGGAGGAGCGUGUGAAUACGGUGGAGAUAUAUACAGAUGAACCAGAUCAAGCGCUUAUCGACACGAGUGACGUUGUUGACGUUCAUGGUGGUGGUGGUGAUGGUGGUGAUGAUGAUUAUGGACAAGCCACGUCCAGCGCACCGUCGAGUUCGGGGGAUGUAACGCAGUUCGAGUCUGGAGGUGCAACCCCCAUCAUCACCCGACAGUACUCCUACUCAAAACUAGCAGCCGCAAUGGACGACUCAGACGUUGAAAUCGAACAACUCAAUUCCGAUUCCGAUCCUUGCCGGCCUCUCUUCCCCUUCCACCAACUUCAACCCAAACCAUUGCACCCCUGGCACCACAAACUCGACUCCCCCUUCCUCUCAGCCCUCUGCCACCUCCAUAACACCACCAAAACCCUCUCCCAAAGAGCGUUUCACUCCCUGCCUCUCCCCUUUCAAAAGUUCCUCCGCACCCUCUCCCACGCCCUCACGCGCUUCCUCAUCGGCAUAUGGCACUUCAUGAACCCACCGCUCUGGGCCAUGCUCUUCGCCAUUCUCGUCGCCUCUAUCCCCUCCCUCCAACGCCUCUUGUUCACCCGCGGCACCUUUCUCAGCAACUCCGUAACCCGCGCCGUAGAGCAGAGCGGCGGUGUCGCUGUGCCUCUCAUCCUCGUCGUGUUGGGCGCCAACCUGGCACGGAACACCUUACCCGCCUCAUCAAAGCUGGACUGUGAUCUGGAUUCCUUUCCCGAUGAACCCCAGCACCCUAAGGAAGAGCGAAACCUGAUCAUCGCUUCCCUCCUCUCCCGCAUGCUCCUGCCAACCCUCUUCAUGUCCCCGCUCCUCGCGCUGGCCGCCAAAUACAUCCCAGUGAGCAUCCUGGAUGACCCGAUCUUUAUCGUCGUCUGUUUCCUGCUAACGGGGGCACCGUCCGCGCUGCAGCUGGCGCAGAUAUGCCAGCUGAAUAACGUGUACAUGCCGGUGAUGGCGCGGUUGUUGUUUCAGAGCUAUGUUGUGUGGAUUCUGCCGUCAACGCUUGUGCUUGUUAUGCUCGCGUUGGAGGUUGUUAGGUGGGCUACAGCGUCGUGA